AUGAAGGACGGAUUAAUCUUAGUCGGUGGAAGGAUGAACAACUCUGAUUGUUUAGAAACUCGCAAACAUCCUAUAGUUCUCCCAGCUAACCACAAGGUCACUCAACUUAUUUUCAAGCAGACACAUAUCGAACAACUACAUUCUGGGCCUCAAGCGCUCUUAGCAGAGGUACGGAGGAAAUAUUGGCCUUUGAGAGUUCGAGCAGUCGCACGUUCAAGUGUAUUAAAAUGUAUUCGAUGUACGCGCGCCAAGCCACGUUUUUCCGAGCCGAUCAUGGCGGCGUUACCGAGAAAAAGAGUUCAAUGCAUGCGGCCGUUUUCUGUAACUGGAGUGGACUUUGCUGGCCCGUUGAUGAUCCGCAGUGGUAUACGACGAGUAGUGAGCAUCAAGGCGUGGAUAGCUGUAUUUGUGUGUUUUGUGACUCAGGCAGUACAUUUAGAAGUGGUAGAGGAUUUGACUAGCAAGGCAUUUAUAGCGGCUCUACGUUGGUUUAUGCCGAGGCGAGCACGUUGUAAUACGAUUUAUAGCGAUAAUGGCACGAACUUUGUUGGCGCACAAAGAGAGUUGAAGGCGUAUAUAACUAACGCAGGUCUUGAAAUGGCACAAGAAGGAAUAGAAUGGCGCUUCAACCCUCCAGCAGCGCCGCAUUUCAGCGGUUUAUGGGAAAGCGCCGUGAAAAGUGCUAAACAUAAUUUGACCUGA